AUGGAGAAGUACGAGAAAAUCAAAGUAGUCGGAAGAGGAGCAUUCGGGAUCGUCCACCUGUGUCGGCGGCGAAGCGACGGUGGCUUGGUGAUCCUGAAGGAGAUCCCGGUAGAGCAGAUGUCUCGGGACGAGCGCCUGGCGGCUCAGAACGAGUGUCAGGUGUUGAAACUGCUGAACCACCCUAAUAUCAUUGAGUACUACGAGAACUUCCUUGAGGACAAAGCGCUCAUGAUUGCCAUGGAGUACGCACCGGGUGGCACCCUGGCCGAUUACAUCCAGAAGCGCUGUAACUCCCUGCUGGAUGAGGACACCAUCCUUCACUUCUUUGUGCAGAUCCUGCUGGCAUUGUACCAUGUGCACAAUAAACUCAUCCUGCACCGGGACCUUAAGACGCAGAAUAUUCUGCUGGAUAAGCACCAAAUGAUAGUCAAAAUCGGCGACUUUGGCAUCUCCAAAAUCCUUGUCAGCAAAAGCAAAGCAUACACUGUUGUUGGGACUCCAUGUUACAUCUCUCCGGAGCUUUGCGAGGGAAAGCCGUACAACCAGAAAAGUGAUAUCUGGGCUCUAGGCUGCGUGCUCUAUGAGCUGGCGAGUCUGAAGAGAGCCUUUGAGGCCGCUAACCUUCCCGCCUUAGUGCUGAAAAUCAUGAGUGGCACAUUCGCCCCUAUCUCAGACCGCUACAGCCCGGAACUGCGUCAGCUCAUCCUCAACAUGCUCAACUUAGAUCCGUCUAAGCGGCCUCAACUCAAUGAAAUUAUGGCACUCCCGAUCUGUAUACGCCCCCUACUCAAUCUAUACACAGACAUCGGCAACGUCAAGAUGCGCAGGAUUGAGAAACCACUAUCCACUGUCCAGACCGGACCACAAGGCAGAAAUACAGGUCGGGUACCAACCAGCAGGUCCAGAGGUAAGACGCCAAACGGCGCUAGCAAGUUGCAUUCCCUCCCACUGUCAUCAGUCUACACUUGGGGCAGCGGCAUCACUGCCCCGCUACGUCUGCCCAUGCUCAACACUGAGGUCCUGCAGGUGUCACUGGGACGCACUCAAAAGAUGGGUGUGACCAAAUCAGGGCGUCUCAUCACUUGGGAGGCGCCCUUGGUGGGGUCAGCCGAGAUGAGCCUGCCCGGCGUGGUGGAGCAAAUGCAGCCUCAGUUCAUUUCCCGUUUCCUGGAAGGCCAAUCUGGAGUCACCAUCAAGUCUGUUUCCUGCGGCGAUCUCUUCACCACCUGCAUGACAGACAGGGGCAUCAUCAUGACUUUUGGAAGUGGAAGCAACGGCUGCCUUGGCCACGGGAAUUUCAACGAUGUCACACAGCCCAAGAUCGUGGAAGCACUCCUUGGCUACGAACUAGUGCAGGUGUCAUGCGGUGCUUCUCACGUUCUCGCCAUGACCAACGAACGGGAAGUCUUUGCCUGGGGAAGAGGAGAGAACGGUCGACUCGGACUGGGCGCCCAGGACACUCACAACUGUCCCCAGCAGGUGUGCUUACCCCUCAAGUUUGAGCCUCAGAGAGUGCUGUGUGGUGUAGACUGCUCCAUGAUCAUAAGUGCUGGGAACAGCAUUGUGGCAUGUGGAAGCAACAGGUUUAACAAGCUGGGCCUGGACAAGAUAACGUCCGGGGAGGAGCCAAGUCCGCCAAACCAGGUGGAGGAAGUGCACUGCUUCACGCCCGUCCAGUCGGCGCCACUAAACAAGGAGAAGAUUGUUUGCAUUGACAUCGGCACAGCCCACUCUGUCGCCGUGACAGAGAUUGGCCAUUGCAUCACUUUUGGCAGCAACCAGCAUGGGCAGAUGGGCCGCAGUUCCCGGCGGGGCAGCCGCGUCCCCUACCUGGUGCCCAGUCUGCAGGGUGUGACCAUGGCAGCCUGCGGAGAUGCUUUCACGCUGGCCAUCACGUCUGAUGGCGAGGUGUACACGUGGGGAAAGGGAGCCCGCGGACGCUUGGGAAGAAAAGAGGAAGACUCGGGGGUACCGAAGGCGGUGCAGCUGGAUGAGAGCCACCCGUUCACCGUGACAUCAGUGGCUUGUUGUCAUGGCAACAGCCUGCUGGCAGUGAAACCUUUGCUCGAUGAAGCUGUCCCGAGAUGA